AAAGUGGCUUCCACCUCAGUACCUCCAAUCCUGAAGCCACGCUACGGCAGUGCUUUGCUUUGCAUCGCUAUCGGUGCGGUCCUGAAGCAUUUCCUUGGUAUACUUUUCACCGCAGUCGUUCUACUGGUUUUGAUAAUCUCCGCUCCAUUUGUACUGAUCGUUCGUUACGUUCAUUUGGCCCUCUACAGGACAGAACCCAUUUCAACACCUUUUAUCAGGCAUUGCGACAUCUGGUGGCCGUUGCGUGGUAAUCCGGCAAGAGCUGUGCUGACACUUGAAGCUGCUCUUAACGUUGAAUUAUAUUCAGUUCAGAUGAACAAUGUGUUGAAACUUGAAGAAAGCGGAAGAUGCAGUUGCUUCGGAAUCGAAAGUAGCCCGCAGUACACGGCAACUGCUGUUGUAAAUGUUUGGGACCAAAAGUAA